AUGAGCGACGCCACUCCUCCUUCUAGCUCGCCGUCUUCCUCCACCGCCAGCACCGACACCAAAGCCAUCGACGCUGCUCAUGACACCGUCAAGAGUCGGGCUGAAAGCACGUGGACGGACGCGGACCGCGCGGCGAUGCUUGGCGCUUACCUCGACAUGUUUCCGCCCAACGUCGACUUCUGGCGUCUUACCGAGCAGAUGUUCCCGCAGAGGUCCAACAAGAUGAUAAGGAUGCAGUGGAAGCGCCGCGUCGAAAAGGCGAUGCGCGAGCUCUUUGACGGACGCGGCGGUGGCGGUGAUAUCGCCCACGACGAGCCGUCGAAGAAGGAGGCGAUGAAACGGCCCGGCAAGAGGGAAGCUCGGACGGGGGGAAAGUCGACGGGUGCGGCGGCCAAGAGGCAGAGGAAGGCCAAGGACGAAUCGCCCUAG